AAAUUAGUUAGUUUUAUUAUUCGACAAUUUUAUUUUUGAAUGGAAAAAGGCACAACUAUGAAAAGGAAGCAGAGACGUUACAGAACCACAUUCAAUACAGUACAACUACAAGAAUUGGAAAGAGCUUUUCAACGUACCCAUUAUCCCGAUGUCUUCUUUCGUGAAGAGUUAGCCGUGCGCAUUGAUUUAACCGAGGCCCGGGUCCAGGUAUGGUUUCAAAAUCGUCGAGCCAAGUGGCGUAAACAGGAAAAGGUAGAUCUGAAGGAUGGUGAAGAGCUUAAUUCGCAGGGUCAGCCGUAUGAGGAUAAUGUUUUGGUGCCCCUGGAUCAGCCGUUGGGUUCCACUUUACUACCCGAUACCCCUCCUCAAUCCUCCAACUCCCUGGACAAUGAAGGCAAAACACCCUUUGGCAGUGAUGGCAGCGGUGGUGGCUCUUCGGGCUUGGGCUGUGAUGGUGGUCUCACCACACCCUCACGUAUGUCACCAAAUAUUUUUCUCAAUCUAAAUAUCGAUCAUAUGGGUCUGGAACGAGGUGGCAGCUUAUCCAUGGAAUGGUCUACUUAUCCUCCCAACGCCAUAACAGGCAAUAGCUUACAGGACAUACCAUCGACAUCGACGAAUAAAUCACCAGCAUCACCUCAGCUGACGUAUGAGAACAACAACAACAAUUUACCUACCUCUUCAACGGCUUCGUUACUGAAAUCGGCCUCUUUGGAUUUGCCGGACCCACACCAGGAAGGCUCUCAACAACAACAAAAUCUUCAUUUAUCGCACAGCAAUAGUCAUCAUGAGCAACAACAACAUCAGCAUCACAACGCCGAGGAUCACGUUCCGAACAGUCUAAUUACAGUCAACUGCUUCAAUACCUCCUUGGAUUUGGUUGAUAAUGCCACCUCCACCUCAACCUAUGAUGAAAUGAAAUUCCUUAAUGUCGAUCAAUACACCAUCGAACAGCUAAAAGCGGAAUGUAUUUUAAAUAUGGAUCAGACCCUUUCACUGGGUGAUGAAGCCACCGAUGUGGAGGAUAAAUCUCCUCAUACUCACCAUUUAAAUUUAUCGCACUAUAAUCCUCAGCAGCAACAGCACCAUCAUCAUCAUGCUCAGCAGCAGCAUUCGCUUCAGGAUCAACAGAACUUAAAUGAAAAUCUCCAUAAUCCCCAUAGCUCUGGUAUAUCUCUAUUCAAUUUGGAGGCAUCUUCACCCGAUCAGGAUCCAUAUAUUUUAUCUCAAGGUCAUAUCAUCAGCAAUCCCAUGCAAUUGCCGGUGAAUUCUCAUCUCAAUGUUGGUGAUUCCUUGCAGCAACAUUUGCAUUCGCUGAAUUUAGAUCUGCCCGGAUUUGGUCUAACCUCCAUGGUGGAUUCGAAAUCACCUCCCCGUUUGGUGCUGGAUAAACCCUUGUCGCUUAAUAUCAGUGUGGAUGGUAUCAAUGAUUUGGUGGAUGAUAAAUAUUGA